UAUUGCGUUUUCGUUAUACAUUUUUACUUAUCAUAUAAGCAAGUCAUUUUAUAUUUAUUUUCGGAUUACCAGCUUUUUCUUAGUAACCGUAAUUAUUUUGGAAGUAUUUACAAAAGAAUUUCCUUACUUAGGAUGUUGUAAUGCAAUAAUGGAAGCUAUAUUUAAACUACAUGUAUUAGAAAGAAAGAAAGAAAGAAAAACCAUUUAUUAUCGCAAACGGAGCAAAAGCAAUAAAACAAAUAAAACUAAUGAAAGAACAAACAAAAAUUAUUAGACAUUUGGAACAGCACCUACAUAUGUUUAUACUUAUGUACGUUAAAAUGACGUUAAAUUAAACAAUCAAAUGAAAACCUGAUAGCAUAAACACUUCGUGGAUAAACCUACUCAGUAUUGUCAGUCUGAUUCCUUUGACAAAAUGUCAGAAAAACGUCACAACAUUUCUCAAAGGACGGCAAUUUCGGCUCCGUAAACAUGUAAACUGUAUUCACUACAUAAGGGUAGGAUAUCAAAAGUGAUGUAAUGUGUGCAUGCAGUCGCCCGUUAUGUCCCAGGAACCGGAACGAUGACAGUGAUGAUGAAGAAGAUCUACCCAGCAACCAACAACGUCGGUAUUCGAGUUCGGAGCGGUCUAGGGGUCAAGCCAAGGGGGCUUCCGGUAGAGCUGGGGCUCAUACCAGGGCCUCAGACGAGUAUGGGACCUAUGCCAGGGCCCCGGGCGAGUAUGGGACCUAUGCCAGGGCCCCGGGCGAGUAUGGGAGUCCUACCAGGACCUCGGACGAGUUUGGGACUUAUGCCGGGGUCCCGGGCGGGUAUGGAACCCAUGGCAGGGUCUCGGGCGAGUAUGAGACCGAUGCCAGGGCCUUUGGUGAGUCUGAGGGUCCUGACAACACGGUGCAGCGCCCAAGACGGCCGUAUCACAACCCCAGCGUUUUUGACCCUCCUCUUUCAUGGGGAGACAUCUUCAGAUCAAUGCAAAUAAAGAUUUGUACGAAAAUUUGCGAAGCGCUCGUAUUCUGGAAGAGACUCCGCGGCGACAGAUUUCGAUGGGAGCUUUUCAAGAGUGUCCUAUGGUUUACCAUUGGCUUAAAAUUGUUUAACGACAUAACACGUCAUGCCAAAGAAAUAAGUGCCAAUGCCGGUAAAAAUGGAAAAUCUGGUGGUGGUUCUCUUUUUAACUUUUUUGGCUCAGAUUCAGAUGAUACUAAGAAGGAUGGUAGUAAUAGAGAUGGCAAUAGGAGAGAUGGUAAGUACGGUGGUAUUACGACAGAUGUUAAGGGGAGAAAAUGCCGCAGCAAUGAGGAUGAUUAAAAAUUCUUGUUCAUUGUAUCAAAUAUAUAUUUAUACAAACAUAUAAACGCCUGUUGUUUAUUGAACGCCUAUCUGGCUAGCAACGUGUUGCUAUUAAUGAAUUAAUGAA